UCUGAUUUCGUGGAAUUCUUCCCUUCUUAUUAGUAUGUAUGGCUGCCCAGAUGCAAGCAAGCUUCUAUUCUUUAGCUACUAACAUUCUUUCUUCUUUUCCAAGUACUGCAAAUGGGGGAUUUCAGCCAUUACAAUCGUCGGGCAUCACAAUUGCCCAUUCGUGACAGAAAAAAAUACGACGUUUUCUUGAGUUUUCGGGGUCCCGAUGUGAGAAAAACCUUUGCGGAUCAUCUUUACCAAUCUCUCUCCAUUGCAGGAUUGAAUGUCUUUAUAGACAGUGAGAAAUUGGAAAAGGGUGAAGUAAUUGGUAUGAGUCUGCAGCAGGCCAUUCAAAACUCUACAAUCUAUAUACCCAUAUUUUCUCCAGAUUAUGCGACUUCAGUAUGGUGCCUCAGGGAGGUCUCCCUGAUGUGGCAAAUGAAGUCCACAAACGCGCACAUUAUGAUACCUCUCUUUUAUAAUGUGGAACCCUCACAUGUCAGGCAUGGAGGAGGCCCAUACGCUGAGGCUUUUAAUAAACAUUGCACUCAAGGUCCGUAUCGCCCAGAGGUGAUCAAAGGCUGGAAAGAUGUGCUGCGUGAAGUCUCUUAUUUAUCUGGGUGGUCUCUCGUAGAAACGUCCUCCGGGUACGAAGGGAAGCUUGUGAAUCAAGUGGUGAAGGACGUUCUCCAGACAUUGGAUUUCGGAAUGCUAGAGGUGGCCCAACACCCUGUGGGACUCAUACCUCGCUGUGAGGAGGUGCUACAGUUGUUGAGAUUGGGCGAGGAGACAAGUGAUAGGCUCACCCUUGGUAUUUGGGGCAUGGGUGGUCUGGGUAAAACCAACCUGUCAAAAGCCCUUUAUAACGAGAUCCGUCAUCUCUUUGAAACUUCCUCUUUUGUAUCUAAUGUAAAACUUGAGGAAUCCCGCAAGGGCCCUAUAAAAUUGCAGCAACAGAUCCUCAAAGAUCUGUUGAAAACUAAGAUAAAGCUGAAUGAUAUUGAUCAUGGAAAUACUGUAAUGAGAACUCGUUUGGCUUCCUUAAAAGCACUGGUGGUCUUGGAUGAUGUUGACAAUGAGCGACAGUUAGAUGCUCUAAUGGGUGACUGGUUUGGGAAAGGUAGCAAAAUCAUCAUUACAACCCGAGAUAAACGUGUCUUGGAGGUGCGGCAAGUUGAUGUGAUUUACCCCAUGAGAGGACUUGAGCAUGCAGAAGCUCUGGAGCUAUUCAGUUGGCAUGCCUUUCGCAGAGAGCACCCGGAAAAAGGCUUUGAAAAUAUGACGGAGAGAAUUGUGAAAACUUGUUCGGGUCUUCCUCUGUCUUUGAGAAUUAUAGGCACAGACCUAUACAAUAGAGAUAAGACUAGGUAUUGGCCUGAAGUCCUGCACAAACUUGAAAAUGUCGGCCAUGAUGUUGCCUUUGAAACCCUCAAAAUCAGUUACGAUAAUCUAGCCCCUGUAGAGCAACACAUCUUCUUAGACAUAGCCUGUUUCUUCGUUGAAAGUAAGAGUAGUGACUUCAUUGAGAAUAGGGCUUUCAGUACAGAUUUCUAUGUUAGAUUCUGGAGUGCUUUUGGGUGUGAGUCUGUGUUUACAAGUCUUAAAACCCUUGAAGAGAAGGCACUCCUUGUAAUUCACGAGCACAGAUAUAUUGAGGCCUUAGAUGAUGAUGUGGAUAAAGACGACUACAGGGGUCAGUACUUUUGGGAAUUUUCUAUGCAUGAUCAGAUAAGAGACAUGGGUAGACGAAUAGUCCGAGAGGAAUCGUGGAACGACUCAACCAAACGCAGUAGAGUUUGGUGGGAGGAGAACAUACGUACUCUAAUGACUGCCACGACCAUCCAGGAAAACUCAAAUAUAGAGGGCCUCGUGUGGAGAAAGCGCAUGGAGCUUCAGCAUUUAGACACUUUAGCACCAUUGCAGAAAUUAGAUUUCUUGCUAUGGUGGGAAUUGCAGGUACAGACCCAGAUAAAAAGACUACCUACAAAUCUAAAAUAUCUGGUCUUAUCCGAGUGUCAAUUGAAGAACUACGAUCCCCAGGUCAGUUACUCUCUUCUCAAGUUUUAGUGUAAUAAGGACCAAA